AUGAAAUUCACAUUAAUACUGCUUAUUGCUAGCGUUGCCUGCAUCCUGGCCGCACCCGUUGCCGAGGAGUCGUCGGUCAAGGCCAAGCGUGGACUGUCACUCGGCCUGGGCUACCACGCGCCAUUGAUAACCCACUCGCAUUACGUGGCCGCACCAACUGUUGUCCACCAUGCUCCAAUUAUUUCGCAUGCACCGCUCAUUGCACACGCCCCCCUUAUUGCGCAUCAUCCGGUGUCCUCGCUGUCUUACCACCUGCCCACCUACCACUCAAUUCAUCAUUACUGA